AUGGACGAUGACGUUGGCAUGAGCUGGUGGUCACCAGGGAAACAUGACGGCGUUCUCUUCGGCCCUACCUCCCCGCGCUUUAUCACACCAGAGAAGCUGGCACACAAUCUUCAAUCCAGCACACCUUUUCAUGAGGCCGUCAACCCCUCGUCUAGUUCCGCUGCCACUGCAUCCCACGCCGCUACAACCAGCACCGCGGCUGCCCACUAUGACAUGUCUAUGUCCGCUGCUGAGCUGUCAUACCUUUCCACCACCAGCACUGAUGCCAGACACGUGUGGCAGAGUGCCAACAGCGAGAUCCUCCAUCUCCUGGCAACACCACUGCCAGGGUCCAUCGACCUCAGCACACCACGUCGCGCCAGCCUCCUGCCCGCUUCCCACCUCCUCGAUCUCAACUCGCCCAGGCCCCUUGACGAGUUCCAAACGAUGCCCCCCGCAGCGCUGCCGUCAACCGCCACAACAUCGACCCCAGCUGGCCCAGCUGCACACGGGUCCCGCACCCGAGCCAGGGAACUCACGUUUGGCAAGCCCGAGACAUCACACGCUGAAGACUCCAGCCUGUUCCUGCCGCUCGAUGUCACAUCUCUUGACCAAGAAGAUCACGGCGGCACCAGCACAGGGGACAAUGGCCGCAACAACAACAUUGUCAUCAGCGUCAAGAGCAGCGACAAUAACACCACCAGCAUCAGCAACAACACCAUCAGCAUCAGCAACAACAACAACAUCAACAACAACAGCAACAACAACAACAACAACGAUGGCGGUGGCGACCUCUAUCAAGCAGACCAGCAGAACCUGCGCUCACCUAGACAGAGCGUACUGGAUGCCUUUGACGAAGCCCUUGCAGAGUCAAUGCAGGACGACGAUGACAGGGCCCUGGAGCGACUUCUUCGUCGGCUGGACAGACAGUCAGAGGUUGGAGACUUGGAUGAGGACAGCGAUGAUGCCGGUACUAGGGGCUGA